CUUCCAAGAAGUUGGAAGUGUAGUGUCCUUUAGAUAGUACUAAUUACUUAAGUAUAUAAUUAAUCCUAAUUGGGAAAGAAAGCAAGCAUUGAUAAUAUGGAUCUUUUAAAUAACGCUGCUAAGAACAUUAGUCUCUAUGAGGUUAAGGCUUAUGUCCGUAAAGCUCAAAAUGGUAAGUAACUGAUUUUACUGAUUUUACUAAUUAAUAAAUUUCAUAAAUCAUAACUAACAUAAUAUAAUUCUAGUCGCUAUGAAUUUAACUGAAAUGGAAGCAAAAGUUAGAGAAGCUACCAAUAAUGAACCAUGGGGUGCACCAAGUACAUUAAUGGCACAAAUUGCAGCAGGAACUUAUAAUUAUAGAGAAAGAGAAGAAAUUAUUGGAUUCACAUUUCGUCGUUUUACUGAAAAGGCCGCUAAUGAAUGGAGACAAAUUUAUAAAUCAUUACAAUUAUUAGAUUAUUUAAUUAAAAAUGGUUCAGAAAGAUUAAUUGAUGAUGUAAGAGCCAAUCUUUCAUUAAUUCAAAUGUUAAAAUCAUUUCAUUAUAUUGAUUCAAAGGGUAGAGAUCAAGGUAUUAAUGUUAGAAAUAAAGCUAAAAAUUUAAUUGCCUUUUUAAAUGAUGAUGCUUUAAUAAGGUCAGAAAGAAAGAAAGCAAGAGCUAAUUCUAAAAAAUUUGGUGGUGUAUCUUCUGCCGCAUUUGGUGGUGCAACAUCAAUCACUGCUGGUUCUGGUUAUGAUGAUGAUGAAUUUACUAGUAGAGUUUAUGGUGAUGGUGGAGUUUAUGGUGAAAGAUAUGAUGAUCCAGCUUCUGCAUAUAGUAAUGGACAAAGUGGAAAGGAUAAUUUUGAAGAAUAUGAUGUUGCCCCUGCUACAAGUUCUUCAAGGCCAACCACUGCUCUGAGUAGAGUUACUGCAAAGGCUGUAUCUAAACCUUCUAAACCAGCAGCUCCAGAACCUGAUUUAUUAGGAGAUUUGGAUUUCGGUGGAAGUUCACAAUCUGCUCCAGCACCAGCCCCAACUGCUACUGCCGAUGAUGAUGAUGAUGAUUUUGAUGAUUUUCAAGCUGCUCCAUCAGUACCAGUAUCUCGUUCUCAACAAAUAUUCGGUUCAGUACCACAACAAAAUAUUCAACCUAAUUACAAUGGUCAAAAUUUAUUUUCUGCUCCUCAAGGAAAUGUAGUUCCUCAAACUCAAAGAGUUUCAUCAUUUGGUUCAGGUCCAAAUUAUAAUGUUAAUACUUCAAUAACAACUGGCCCUGCUGCUCCAACUCCUAAAAAUGAUGCAUUUUCUUCAUUAUUUUCAACUGCUAAAACAAAAACAAAAACUCCAACUACAAGUACUACUCCAAUAAAGCCAAAAGCAACUAAUAGUGCUCCUAUAGACGAUGACUUUUUUGGAGGGUUCAAUUCCAAUAACAAUACCACCACUACCAACAACAAUAAUAAUAUUAACAACAAUAAAACCAGUCAACAAAAUAACUCAUCCAAUGGUGAAGUCGAUUUAUUAAGUUUCUAAUUCUCUAAAUACGUAUUUACUACUUAUUAUAUAAAUGUUCUUGUCAUAAUCUUCUAAUAGUUAGCGUACUAUAUAACUACGACAUAAUUUCUUUAGAAUAAUUUUUCAAUUCGCGACAUUUUCGAAAUCAUAA